AAAGUCCGUGAGGUAAAAAUUUAAUAAUACUGUUAUUGUUACUGUAUUCAUGCUAUUGUGAUAUGGUCGCCACGAUGGCUUUUGCGCCAAACUAUUCACACACAUAUGUGUAUUUCACAAGCUUCGUUAAUAAAUCGAAUUUGCCUCAUUUAACCCAUUAUUACUCUCUGCGUCAUCACAAGUUGAUGAAAUCAAGUUUCGGGUUAUUACAACUGUUGCGAAUUAAAAUAUUCCCGCGCACUCCACGCCCUUCGUGUCCAAAUUUAGUUCGCAACAGCUAGCCCAUUAAUAUUCACAAUAAAUACAUGCAGUUUUGUCCGUAAAAGUACGUCCUGAGGAAUUGUUGACAUUCCUUGCAUUCCAGUAUGGCUGAAGGUGUGGCAUAAGAGAGGAAAUUAAUCUCAGUCGAGAAUUAUUAUUAGGGCCCGAAUUCCUUCAAAAUGACAAAUAUUUAUAAAAACCGCACGAUACAAUGAGAUUAAAUCCCGCAAUAUUGAGUGGCUUAAGUUAAGUUAAUAUGGCGUACCGCUCGAACGGGUAUUCGGGGGAUGAAAUGGACAGGUACCGGGAUGAAGGGGGCGACAAGCCCACCUAUCUCAUGGAGCACCUGGCCACCUUCACAGUCACCAAAGAAACGGGGAUCAUGUACCCCGCCGACGGCAUGCGGAGGCUGCUCCAGUUGGAAAAAACCAACGGCAUUUGGUCGCAAAAAAUGCAACUGUGCCUCGACCGCUCCUGGGUCUUAAUCAUGGAUUACGAAACUGGGAGUGUCAUGGAGCGCUUCCCGGCCAACUCCAUCCAAGAACCGACUGCUUUCACCAGCCAUGAUCCCAUGGAAAUGUACAACAAUAUUCUAGUUUUUAACGUUGCCAAUUCUAACCCGGCUCAUCCACCAGAAAUGCACAUUUUUCAGUGCCAGAGCAUAUCCGCGCUCGACCUGGUGGAAGACUUGAAGCAGUUGCGAAUGGGCAAAACCCUGACUCGAAGCCGCAAAAGCAGCAUCCCGCCGCCGUCCCACAAGCCGCCCCCGCACAACGUUAUCAACCCGAGCCGCGACCCGCGAGGCGAUUACCACGGUUCCGAUUCGGAACUGACCGCAAAUAACGACGACUCGAGUUCGACAACUAGCGAAAAAUACGAACGAGACGUGACCAUUUUGAACCAUUGCUUCGACGAUAUCGAAAAGUUUAUCGCCCGCUUGCAGCAUGCCGCCGCCGCCGCCCGGGAGUUGGAGCGUCGGCGGAGGAGCCGCAAAAGCAAGAAACGCGACAUGGGGGACGGCAUGUUGACCAUGCGGACGAAACCGCCCCCGGAGAAGGAGUUCAUCGACAUUUUCCAAAAGUUCAAGUUGUCGUUCAAUCUCUUGGCCAAGCUCAAGGCGCACAUUCACGAUCCCAAUGCUCCAGAGCUGGUGCAUUUCUUGUUCACGCCUUUGGCGUUGAUUGUCGAAGCCUCGCAUGAUACCUAUCCCGAUUCACAACUUCCCAGAAAAGUUGUCUCCCCGCUGCUGACCAGGGAGGCGGUCAAUUUAUUGAUGAACUGUGUCACCAGCAAGGAGACCGAGCUGUGGCACUCGCUAGGAAACGCCUGGCUUAUACCCAGAGAUCAAUGGAAGGGUCACGUGGCGCCUUACCACCCGAUUUUUAUGGACGGUUGGUCCCCUGAUUACCCGGUUGUGGACGAAUUAGAGGCAAAUAAUGAUAAGCAUUACAAUGAGGGGCAGUACAGUAGCGACUGUAAUGAUUACGAUACAAACCAUCGCGACAUUUUUAUUUAUGAGAAAAGUACAGAUUCCCACCACCCAAAAAUCGACUCGGAUCAUUUGCCCCCGAAUUUGGGCGAAAGCACCAGAAGCGACAUUUCGGUCGAUUCGAUCGAACGAAACGGCGGCGAAGAGCGCGGUUUUGGGAGAAGUCAGGAGAGUUUCUUGGAGGAUUUGCAAGCCAGAGGGGCUAACAUUGUCCAAGUCACGUACCCCCGAACCGCCAACAACGACAAGGAAUUGACCGUGGUCCGUGGAGAGUACUUGGAGAUUUUGGACGAUAGUCGCAAGUGGUGGAAAGCUAGGAACAGUCGGGGCCAAAUCGCGCACGUGCCCCACACUAUUGUAACGCCGUUCCAUUCCGGCGGAAAUGAUAUUUUUAACAAUCCGUUAUACACCACGCGUAAUAAUUACAACAGGAAUCGGGCGGACUCGCCGUCUGAUAGAUUUAGCGGGGGCCACAGCCCUAAUACCCCCGACCAUGUCAACCCCCCCGUUCCAGCGACUUCCGCUGAUUGGGUUAGGAAAGAGAGGCUCGACACUAGCAAUGCACCGCCGCCUCCGCCGCCCCCGCCCCCCGUUGUGUCAGCCCCCGUGACACCGGCCGCCACGUUAAGACGCUCACCGUCGACGAAGUCGGCCGCCACACAAGACGUAUUGCAGGAUGAGCUAAAUAUCGUGCUAUCAAUGGUCAGAGACAGGAAGCACAAAACGCACAUCGAAAUUAGACAAACACCGGAAGUCUACAUUAAUCAAAAAUCCAAUCCGGAGGAAGUGCAAAACUGGCUCAAAAUCAAAGACUUCGAUUCGCAAAUUUGCGCCAAAUUUAAGGGACUCGCCGGACACAACUUGUUCGACUUGCACAAGAGCCAACUGGAGAAAGUUUGCGGGGCUAAAGAAGGCGCCCGCUUGUACUCGCAAUUAAACAUCCAAAAAAGUGUCAGUGGGUACCAAACCGUGAGGAGCUCGGAACUGAAGGCAAUCCUCGCUAAGGCCAGGGAAAAAAUUGAAGCAGUUGAUUAAUAUUUAUUACACACAAUUAUCACUAUCAGCGCUACCUAUCAAAGGUUUUAACGAGCUUAGUGGAAAAAAUUCACUUGAUUAUGUCAUGUAAAUAUGAAUAAAAUACGGUAAUAAAUAUCCCAAAGUGUU